CCUUUUGCAAAUCGUCUCAUUAUACUCACGUUCUCUUUAGCCCUUAUAAUGUACUCGUAAACGUAUAACAGUAGUAAACUUAUAAGCGUAUAACAGUAUACGAAAACUGUUACUCAUCUACAAAUUUGGGAUAAGUCGGAUCAUACUUACAAUAAUGCCUUUUUGUUUGUUUGUUUAUAAAGUGUUAGUUCUAUACGAUUACAUGGUUUUAAAAUGGUAUGUUUUAUUUUUAUUUCCGGUCCUAUUAAAAAGUAUAUAAAGUAGAGCAAGCGAUCUAGAGUUUAAUAAAUCUAGUCUACUAGAUUAGUAGUUUGAUCGAGUCUUAAAUACAGUAUAUAUAUUUGCUAGGGGUCAAAAACCUUGGAGUCUUAAAUAUAUAGUAGAAUUGAUAACCGUUUAAUAAUUAGAUGUGGUUUAGAUUCGGUUCAUGUUAAAAAGUUAUACAAAAGUAAAUCUAUUUAGAGAGUACAAACAGGAUGAUAAACAUUACACUAUAAGUUAUACAAACAAGAUAUAUGUAGCUAGGGUAUAUGUAACUGUAAUAGAGUAGUAGUAUAUAUUUAUUUGAGAUGAACAAGUUGAAAGGGUUUGGUGAAAUUUGAAAGUCUUAGCCGCCUUAUAUAUAUAGAUUACAUAAAAAAUAAAAAAAACUAGUACAAUUUUUUUUUUUUUUUUUUAAUGUGGAGAUGCUAAGCAUUACGCAUUCCGAUACGCGAGUUGUUGUUGUUAAUGGAGAAAAUUAAAAAUGAGUAGAAAUAUUAUAAAAAAAUUAAAAAUCUCUAUAAAAAAAAAAAAAUGAAGGAAGCCAUGAAGGAAUAUACAAAUCCACAUAUUCCUGGAUCAACGGGAACCCUUCGUUUCUUCCCACCCGCGUGAUUGUGUAUUAUCCCGUUUCUCUAAGCUUUCCGGGAUUAAUCAUUUCACCUUUUUCUGGGAAGAUAACGUCGUGGGGGGGUGAGAAUUUUAGUGGGCAUCUUUCCAAAUUCUCCAAGUUUUAUUCCUUUGUCCCUUUCCUAGUUUGGUGAUUCAUUACAUCAACGACGACUCAAUUCGUUCUUAAUCCGGAUUUGCGGAUUCGUUUUUUUCAAAAUAAAAAUUUAAAAAAAACCACCACCCACUUGUACGGAUUCUCCUUUGGAUCGAGUAUUGCUGAUUUGUGAUUGAUUUCUUGUUUUGUGGAUCGGAUCUGGUUUGGGGUGGCUUUUGUCAAUGGGCGCUUUAGAUGAGGGACAUUUGAAACUUGAGCUUGACAUUGGAAUGAAAAAUGGCUGCAUUGAGCUUGCUUUCGAGCACCAACCUGAGACUUUAGCUAUCCAAGACGCUGUCAAGCUUCUCUUGCAAGGUCUUCAUGAAGAUGUCAACAGGGAAGGCAUCAAAAAGACUCCUUUCCGUGUCGCCAAGGCCCUUCGCGAAGGCACCAGAGGUUAUAAGCAAAAAGUAAAGGAUUAUGUGCAGACUGCUCUGUUUCCAGAAGCAGGGUUGGAUGAAGGAGUUGGGCAAGCAGGAGGAGUGGGAGGACUUGUUGUUGUACGAGAUCUUGAUCAUUACUCUUACUGUGAAUCCUGCUUGGUUCCUUUUCAUGUCAAGUGUCACAUUGGUUAUGUCCCAUCGGGCCAACGUGUUUUAGGACUGAGUAAGUUCUCUAGAGUCACUGAUGUUUUCGCCAAGCGGCUCCAAGACCCUCAGCGUUUGGCUGAUGAUAUUUGUUCUGCCCUCCAACAUUGGGUCAAACCAGCUGGAGUCGCUGUUGUUCUCGAAUGCUCUCACAUUCACUUCCCCAGUCUGGACUUGGAUUCUCUGGACUUGUCCACCCACCGUGGAUUUGUGAAGCUCCUGGUUUCCUCGGGCUCAGGAGUUUUCGAGGAUGAAAGCUCGGAUCUUUGGGGUGAAUUUCUGAGUUUUUUGAUGUUCAAAGGCGUAAAAACGCAAGCUUUGUGCAGAAAUGGCGGCCCUGUGAAAGAGUGGUGUCCGAGCGUUAAAAGCUCGUCUAAAUUCUCACCUGAAGAAGACCCGGAAAUGGUUUCUGCUGUUAUUUCCAUCCUUAAAUCAGUGGGAGAAGAUCCGUUAAGGAAGGAACUCAUUGCUACACCCUCUCGGUUCCUCAAAUGGAUGAUGAACUUCCAAAGAGCCAACCUCGACAUGAAGCUAAACAACUUUAACUCUGCCAAAGUCAACGGCGAGGUCAAAGAGAAGAGGUUGCACUGUGAACUGAACAUUCCCUUCUGGUCAAUGUGUGAGCAUCAUUUGCUUCCUUUCUAUGGAGUUGUUCAUAUUGGUUACUUUUGUGCUGAAGGAUCCAACCCCAAUCCUAUUGGAAGUUCCCUCAUGAAAUCGAUUGUACACUUUUACGGGUUCAAACUUCAAGUGCAAGAGAGGAUGACUCGGCAGAUCGCUGAGACGCUAGCGCCUCUUGUUGACGGGGAUGUGAUUGUUGUGGCUGAAGCCGGGCAUACUUGUAUGAUCUCUAGAGGAAUCGAGAAGUUUGGAAGCAGCACUGCGACCAUUGCGGUUUUGGGUCGGUUUUCGAAUGAAAAUUCCGCCAGAGUAGUGUUCCUAGACAAGAUCCAUACAGCAAAUGCCUUGAAGACAGAUUCAUGCUCUCCAUUUUGAGACGGUUACAUGUCUGUUUGUUGUCUUUUUUAUGCUUCUGUUUUACUUUUCUUUAUAUGAUAAACACUUCAAAGUCGCUAAACUUUGAAGCAAACCGAUGAUUUCUUGGGUUUUGAUUUUUCUCUAUAUCUAUCAUGUUAGUUGUGAUAUUCUAUUAAUAUAUAUAUAUACGGUUUUCGUCAGCCGUACUGUUUACAA